UUGGGUAUUUGGCCAUAUUUUGUAGUUUUUCUCUGGCUUAUCAAAUUAUUUGUUAGAUUAGAUCCAAGGGCAAUACUUGCGUUCGAUGUAAUUAACAUUGUAUAAUCAUGGAGGAUGAAAUUGAGGAUUGUAUUCGAAAGAAGACUCAGUGGCCCCAGUUACCAGGAUCAGUGAAGAAGUUGCUUGGCGAUUCUCCUAAAGAGUAUGAGAGAUAUAUAUUUGAAUUCAGUAUUAAAAAUCAACUUAGAUUUAGAGGAAGUUUGGUGAGGACAGUCCGUAAAGAUGAAAAGAAAUAUUAUGAAACUCUUGUCCAAAGCAGCAUACAAAGGCUUAUGCUAUACCCAUAUCACUUAGCUGAUAUGAUAGUUAAAGGCUUAAGGAUAACACCCUUCAUUUAUUAUGUUGAAGUUGUAGCUCUUCUGAUAGAGAUGGAGAAAAGUUAUGAUACCAUGCCUAACUUCACUGCAGCUGAUUGUCUUCGUUUACUAGGCAUAGGACGUAAUGAAUAUCUGGAACUGGUGGCCAAAGCCAGGUCGUUAGGUCGUCGUGGUCGGUCCAAAGCGAUAAGAGCUCUGUUACCAAAAGUACCAUUGAAUGUUCCCAUGCAGCCUUGGUGGCGGGUGGAACUUGGUUAUGUACUUGAGGACGAUGUGAAGCCUUUGAGUGACAGCGAGAAGGCGCUUAUAGAUUUGUUGAUCGACCGAGGCUCGCAGACGGCCGGAACCCUUGAUUAUAAUGACGUCAAAACUCUGUACAGACGCGGCUUAAUCUACCUGGACGUGCCAAUAACGGCCGCAGACAAGGUCUCCGUACCUCCGCUCAAGGGGUUCGUCAUGAACCGCAUCGCCGGCGACUAUUUCGAGACCCUGCUCUACAAAGUGUUCGUGUCCAUAGACGAGCACACCACUGUGGCGGAGCUGGCUAAUGUUUUGCAGGUGGAGUGCGAGCUGGUGAAGCAGGCUGUGUCCCUGUACUGCCGGUUGGGAUUCGCAAGACAUUUACGCCCUCCGCCUGCUCCUCAACACCCUUCCUGGCGAGCCGCCCUAACUGAACACCAUCAUCCACCAUAUCGACAAAUCACCCCGUUGACUUUCGACCCCAGUAUGGAUGAUGAAGCCUUACAAAUGGAGCCUGUGCUCAUCAAAGAGGAGCCUUCCACGUCUAGACAGAAUUAUGAAGAAAUCGCAGAGGAUAGUUCGAGCGGUGGAGGCGCUCGAAGAGUUGCAGUUUUAUUCGACUCUACGUUAGCCGCCUAUCUCAUGAUGGGGAAUUUGUCUCCGGAUCUCAAAAGUCACGCCGUUACACUUUUUGAAGUAGGCAAGCUUUGUGACGAAAGUUUGGAUAGUUUAUUGAUGGAAUUAGAUAAGGUGGCGGCGGACCCUGAGAUAGAGGGCGAGGCUCGUCGCUAUCUAGCGGCUGCGGCCUGCCUCAGGAUAGCGCUGCGGACGCUACGGCCCAAACUGAGGCCGCUAGAUCUGCUGCGUUGCGAAGCGCUGCACGCGCUCGGACCGCAGGCCAAAGCGAGGCUACUGGCUACCAAGUAUAGGCUAGCGAUCUCGACGGCGCCUCUAUGCCGCGAAGCCCGAGCAGGGGCGGCCGCUGGAGCCCUGCCACAUAUAGGGCCCGCGCCCACCGAGUCGGCCACGCCCUGGAUGCGGCUUUACCUUUACCACGUGGCUGGGUAUGGACCGCCCACCUUGCUGCUCACUAAAGGUACAGUCCUCCGCUGCGUGCCUCGCGCUCUGCUCGGUUACUCCCGCCUCUGGGUGUGGUGGUGGGGGGCGGAGGCCGCGCUAGAGGGGGGAGCUCCUCUGUCCGCCGCUGCAGCCCUAGCUGCCGCCAACCAGGCCCUACGCAGGGCUCCAGUCUUACUGCAAGCGGCUGCAGUAAGGACCCCGCACGCGGCUACACAUGUCAUGUUUCCGCCCGCGACUGACCCAGAGUCUCAAUCGUUGUGGACUCGGCACGCCGGCCUCCGUCGACUACUGCACAGGUUGAGGUUACACCGGUCAGUGGGAUACGUGACGCUCGCGGAUAUAGGCGUUCCCGAUCUGGGAUGUGCUCAUCCGCCCGUGACUGUACAAUUAGUCCCACCGCGUAAAAAGAAAGAACACUGUGGAAUAGCAAAACCGAUCAGUGAAAUAUCGCUAUCAUCGACUGAUUCCACAGAGAAAACUACCGCAGACUAUUCAAAGAGGUUGCAGUCACCCAUAGAGUCUCACUUCGCGGUGACGCCUACCAUAGACAGUAAAACUAGUUCUCCCGCCAAUGGCUUCACGAGCGCUGAAUGUGGACAGUUACUGUGCGAGGAAUUAGAUAAUCUGGCCAUUGAUAGCACGAAAACAUCGCAUCAAAGCAAAGAGUCAAUAGCCGGUUCGGACGAUAUAAUGCCUAUAAAUUCUGUAUCCACAAGCAUCGAAGACUUGAAAGAAAAAGCGGAUGAACUUAAAAGACGCGUUGAGAAAUCGACGAGUAAAGAAUCGAUAGCGCUUUCUGACGAUUUAGUUCAGAUUAAUUCGACGUCUGUCAGCGUGGAGAACUUAAAGUUCGACAGUAAGAAGGGCAGUGACACGUUUAGCGAGAGAUCGAUGAGUCAGUUGAAUGAUUUGAUGAGUCCAGCUGAAGAGUCAGUGUCGAUGUUUACGCAACUGUCGAACAAGUUGACCGAGAUGACGGCAGAGGGUGACAGUGGGAUUGACACCGCACAUAACUUUUCUGAUGAAGAGUCUUGUAAACCUGAGAAAUGGACAAUCCUUGAUCUUCAGUUCGGCAUUCCAUUGUUUGAUGAGAGCUUAUGCGAAAAGAUAUGUAAUUUUAUAGUUGACAAAAUAGCAAAACCUGAUUUAUUAGAUAAAGUGAAAGAAGAUAAUGAUUUCAUACGUGCUGAUGUACUGAAAUUUGUGUCCCAGUGUCAAUAUUAUCCGGGGGAAGAUAUGGGGAUCGUGAAACGGGGUACGUUAGUACCUUUACCCCGGAAGAACCUCGUAUUUGAAAACGGUAGAAUAAGCGAGUGGACUGGCAAAUGAUUCGCCGUCCUGCUUGCACGCGCCAUAUCCACCCAUCGACAAUGCCUUGUGAAAGAGACAGCUUUACCCGUACCGUCUUUAGGUUUAAUAGAGAUUUUAUUAUGCGAUGUAGUAAAUAUCGGCUGAUGAUUAAAGUAUAGCCUUUAUCACACAAGACUAUCUAAAACUGUCAAAUCUAUUCGUAAACUUUUAAACCAUAUUAUGUUUUACAUAAAGUUUAAACCAGAUUGAGGCAUGUCUUGGUAGUCUCAUAUGUCAUUGACUGUACAUUCACAAAGUUUUAAGGAAAUAGCUUUUAUAGACUUAACUAUAGUUACAAAGAACGUGAAACUACUAAAACACAAAUAUAAUGUUUAAGUUAUACUUAAAAUAAAAUAUAAACAAAGGAUACUAGAAGGUCAAUUAUAAAGUCAAAUAAUGUUAUGUCCAUCAUCAAGCCACAGUUUUGAUGUUAGUAUCGUAAAAUAUAAACUUAUGUAGUCCAAAGCGUUUAAGUUUCUAAUAAUCAUUAUUGGUGUGAAACUACUACACAAAACGAAUUAGAAAUGUUAUGGAAGCAUUAUUCUUUAUUAAAGACCGCAAAAACUUGUCUUUAAACUCAUACAACUUAACUUCAGUACUAACGCGACACGCACACAGAAGAAACAAAGUACUUUAACAAAUGAAAUAUCUGCAAAUGUAUUCGGCUAUCCAUUCAUUGGGUAAGAUAAUGUUAAAUUGAAAUCCCAACCAAUCCUACUAUCGGCGUGUUGAUCGCAUUUUUCUCCCCGCCCACUUGAUCGCAGUUUGCGUAAAACUUUAUGCGCAGUUUGUAUUCCAUAUUAUUUGUAAUUGCUUGACUACACCCCUUCUAUGCAAGCAGUUGGAGGAUUUGUCCGCGUUAAAAGAAUAUAGUGGUGUCGAUUCUGGCAUAAUUUUCUAAACCUAAACUUGACAACAGUGUAACCUUGUCAUUGUCUAUACGAUUGAAAAGGAGAGACUGAUGUUAAAUUAAGUUUUAAGUUUAAAGAUUCAUGCCAGAAUCGACACCAAUAUGUGUUUUUGCAUAAUAUAAUGUAAUUAAGAUUGCGUAUUUGCGUGCCAGAUUAGACUUUCAGGUCUGUAGUAGUAUAAUACCAAUAAUAACUUAAUAAUAAAUCCCAGUGACCGUCAUUUUAGAUUUGCAAUAACACCUAUGUGUACGUUGUUCUAAAUCCAUGAGGGUGUUUAGGAAAAUUGACGCCACCAGUUGGCGCUACUGUGACCUGAGGCCUUUUGUAUGAAGUUUUUGGCGCGAAUUAUCGAACGAGCAUUUAAAUUGAUCCGUAGACUAUGACGACAUAGGUGAUUUGACGGAUGAGUGGACCUUUCGUCUCAGUGCUGCCACCUGGUGCCCGUCAUUCCAGAAAACACUCAACUUGUGUAUCCUAAGAAGUUUGCAUAUCGAGUUUGCAAAAAGUGGUACCUAUCAUUAGGUUUAUAAAAGAUUCAAUUAUAAUUGACCUUAUUGACCGCAUAUUCGUUUUUUUAUAUGUGUAAAUAUUUAUUCUCCUUCUUUGUUUUUGUUAUAAAUGUAAUGUAAACAUAGUGUAAAAGAGAAAUAUCAUGCUUAAUUAUUAUUAUUAUUUAAUGCGCAAAAAAGUAUGUAUUGUGAUUGUCCUGUAUUUUUUAUUUUUUAAGUUAUAUAAUACAUUAAAAUUAUUAGAGCUGUUCUCUUCGAGAUACACUACUUAUAAAGCAUUUUGUAAAUUACUGACGAGAAUGAUUAGAUAUUGUUAAAUGUGAGUUAUAAAUGUGUUGUGUGAAGGCCCUGCUUCACAAAUAGCGUCCUUAUUAAAAGUAAGAGUUGUGUAAUUCUAAUAAGUCUCCAUAUCGCCUGUCUUACUCUUUAAGAUUAUUCUUAUAUAGUGUCAACGCUUUGUCAGUUUGCUUUAACUAUGACGCACUAACUUACUUCAUUAAUAUAAAUGAAAAUUAUCGACUUAUUUACAGCUCAUUGAGUCACCACAAUAAAAUUAUAUUCAUUGUUACCACACUCAAACUUCUUGAGCAACGAUCACAGACAAGAAAGCCUGCGUAGUAGCAAUUUUACAUACAGAAACGUCUACUAUGCAAGUUUAUUUGUCUGAGGUUUUGCUAAGAAGACCUGUAUUUACUAUCCGUUUGCUUCGAGUUGGCCUUCGCAAACCGUUACAAAAUGUGUCACUGGCCAAUCACAAGCACGUCAACCGGUACCGAUAAUCAAUAGGGUCGACUAGUAGGAUCUAUCUAGGAAAUAGAGGUAUAAGAAUAGAGUGGGAAAAGCGGCUCUAAAAGUGUCCGUCUAGUAGAAAGAUAAAGAAGAUGAGGGACCGCUAGCUAUCUCUCUCUCUUGUGACGCAUGGCAUCCAAUGGCAUCACGUCGAAAUAGUUACGGAAUACAGAAUAGCUUAUGGUUGCUAAUGCUCAUGCGCGAUUAGAGAGAGGAAGCUAGCGGUCUUUCAUCUUCUUUCUCUUUCUAUUAGAGGGACACUUCCACUUGUAGUAGAGUCUAUAUCUCCCCUACUCUAUUCUUAUACCUCUAUGGUUGGCCGUCGAUAACCGUUACAAAAUGUGGCACUAGCCAAUCACAAGCACAUCAACCGGUACCGAUGACCAAUAGGGUCUAUCUAGGCGCGCGGUGCGGUGGUGCAACUCGAAACGAAACAGUAGUAUUUAUAGAACGUUUUUUUAAAGAAAAAUAUCUACUUACGUUUGAAUAUCUGUUGUAAAAUUAGAUUUUAUUAUGUACUUAUACACACAGCAGCUCUUCAAAUGUUCAGCCUAAAGGUAAUACCGCACUAGGCGGAACUGCACUGCAGCUCAGCGAAGCGAUAGUACUAGACGAAGUUCGGUAUAUCGCACUGAAAAUGCAGCGGCGUGACACUUUUGUCCGUUAGUUGGUCGGCAACCACUCAUCAUAGUCAUAGUGUCACUGCUUUACGAGGAAGAAGAAAGGCUAAAGCAAUCAAGAAAAAACCAAGACUAUGGAUUCAUGUCAUUCCAAAAUCGAGAUAUGAAGAAGAAGAAUAUCAUGUACUUGCCACGGCUUAAAAGAGACUUAAAAAUAUUUCAUACAUAUUUCAUAAAUAUGAAGGGACGCGUCGCGGUCGCGCUGCUUACUAUAAACGCACCUAGCGGCAACGGAACUGCGCGUUGCGACACUGCGCGUCAAUUUUGCUUGGUUACCCAACUCUGUAGCGUCGUGUCGCACUCGCGCAGCGUAGUUCUAUUGCCACGUAGUGCGGUAUGUUUAAUACGUUUUAUUAGAAACAAUCUUUUGAAGUGCAGUGUCGCGUCGCUCCGCUGCAGUGCAGUUCCGCCUAGUGCGGUCUUACAUUUAGUGGUAAAGUUAAAGAUCAUAGUUGAUUGCACUGUUUUUUUGUGGUAGUCUGCCGCGCUGUUCUUAGCGCAGAAAUGUACAUAAUAUUAUAUGCAAUAUUCAUCAUAUUUUAAGAAGUAUAAGUAGGUCCCAACUUUAUAGUUAAUUUAUUUCAAAUUUAUUAAUCUCAACCAAUUUAUUUAUAUUGUGCCAUUGUAUUACUUUCUCUUAUUUUUUGUUUAAGGUAAUAUUGGACUAGAUAAUAUUUUUGUUAACCUCUUAACUUGUCUGAGAGCAUUUUUAUGUAUUCAUUGAAUAUUAUAAGCCGAAUUCUAUAUUAUUUGAUUAACAACCAUUGUCAUUUACUAGAUUUAACGCCUUAUUCCAAAAUUCGGACUAAAGUUAGUCUUGAUUGAAAUCUAAUGUUGUCUUUUUUUUAGCAAACAGAAGUGACAGCAUCAGCUUUAUUUAGUCCUUAGGUUUAACUUUAGUCUACGUUUUGUAAUAAGGCGGAAUAAGUUUAAGGCUGGUUUUAGUUUAGGUGCAUACAUGAAAAAAUCACUCAGUAUUUAAUCUUGUUAUUUUAUGAAGAAAAUAUUUUAUUUUAAUGUUAUAUUUGUGAUAAAAAUAAUCAUAAUGGAACAUACAUAAGAAUGUUCUAUGUGCACUUAAUAAAUAAUUUUAUAAAAGUUUAU